AUGAAGAGUUGUGUGGCAGAUGUGAACGCCUUACUCUACAACACUAUUGAGACUUGUGACUCUUUAAUCACGAUCACCAUGAAGAAGCAUCUGGCUGAAAAACCUCGCCCUGUGUUUGCGAUGCUCAAAAGGAUUGAAGGUGUUUCAGAGUCAAGCUCACUUCCGAAACAAGGGGGAGAUCCUGUGAAGCAAUUUAAGAAAGAAAACACAAAACAAGCCCAUACAACUGUAAAGCCACUUGUGAAGCCAAAGUCAGAAAAUGAAAUGAAGAAUAAUGAAUCUUCGGGUUCGAAAGGAAAAGAAACGAUCAAUGAUGAAAGGAUCAUUAAUGACAGUGAAGAAUAA